AUGGACGUGGACCAGCUGAUGGCGUCCUUCGGUGCGGUCACGAUGCACGGCUCCAACCGGCCACAGGCCUCCGUCCCGGCGGCAACGGUGGACGAGCUGACGGCGUACUUCAGGGCGGUGACCAUGCACGACUCGGGUGCCGCCGCGGCCGUCCCGGUGGCGCCGGUGGACCACGACGAGCCGGCGAUGGGUGAGGAGGCGUGCACGCUGCGGGUGCGGCUCCCGGACGGGCAGUUCAUCUGCAAGACCUUCGGCGCCGGUCGUCCGGCGACGGCGCUGUUCCGGUACUGCCACUCGGCGCUUACCGCCAGCUACGGCGCGGAAGUCGGGAUGCGGCCGUUUCGUCUCCUGAAGCUCGCCGGCGGCGCCACCGAUGAGAUACGUCCUGAAGGAUCGCCGCUGCGGGACCUCGGGCUGCACCAUUGCACCGUCCACCUGGUCUUCUGGGUUUAG